AUGAGCAGAAAUGAUGAGAAAAGCACUUUUUAAUCUUUUCGCACUUGCUUCCCUGUUCAAACAGUUGCAGGAUGGCUAUGACUGACUUGCUCAGCGCUGAGGAUAUCAAGAAGGCUGUGGGAGCCUUUUCAGCGGCUGAAUCUUUUAACUACAAAAAGUUUUUCGAGAUGGUAGGAUUAAAAAAGAAAAGCCCAGAAGAUGUGAAGAAGGUUUUCCAUAUUCUUGAUAAAGAUCAGAGCGGCUUCAUUGAAGAGGAAGAAUUGAAGUUUGUCCUGAAGGGCUUUACCCCAGAAGGAAGAGACCUAUCAGACAAAGAAACGAAGGCUCUUCUGGCUGCUGGAGAUAAGGACGGUGAUGGUAAAAUUGGCGCUGAUGAAUUUGCAACUAUGGUGGCUGAAUCAUAA